AUGGAUUACAGAUGCGAGACAAAUGAAGAUGACAGUCUGUCUUUACACUACUACACGAUACGGCCGGGACUCUACCCUAUUGUUCUAGGGUUCGUUAAGGUGGUUGCUCGUGACUUGUAUAAUAAGGAGGCGGAAAUCAGCGUCUUAGCGAAAUCUCAGGAAAUCAUCGCAGGUGGGAAAACACAGGAGCACGUCCGUUUCCGGUUGGUCUUCACGGUGACGACACAAAGUCUCUUGUCGAGUUCCGGCCAGCGUUCCUCACCGACUUUAAGACUAGUGCAGAACAGUUCUUAUGGCCAAAUACACGUAUGUGUGAAAGAACUGGUGGAAGAAAAGUUUGGAGAUGAAGCCUGGGGCAAAGUCGUAAAGAGUUCAGGACUGGACGAAAAUGAUCACUUCCUUGUCUUCCAUCGCUAUGAGGACGAAGUCACGUUCAAACUCAUAGGAGCUGUAUGUGAGGUCUUAGGCGUUGAGCUACCGGUCGUGCUAGAAAUUUUCGGGGAGUAUUUCUUGCAGUACUGUCUGAGACACGGGUACGACAAAAUGCUGAAGACCCUUGGGAGGAACUUCAAGUCAUUUAUCCAGAACCUGGACUCUCUGCAUGCUUUACUCGCCUUGACAUACAAAAAUAUCGUUGCUCCGUCCUUCAGAUGUGAGACAAAUGAAGAUGACAGUCUGUCUUUACACUACUACACGAUACGGCCGGGACUCUACCCUAUUGUUCUAGGGCUCGUUAAGGCGGUUGCUCGUGACUUGUACAAUCAGGAGGCUGAAAUCAGCGUCGUGGAGAAAUCUCAGGAAAUCAUCGCUGGAGGGAAAACCCAGGAGCACGUCCACUUCCGGGUGGUCCUCACGCGCAGUGACGACACAAAGUCUCUUGUAGAGUUCCGGCCAGCUUUCCUCACUGACUUUAAGAUUAGUGCAGAGCAGUUCUGUAACGCGUUCCCUUAUCAUAUUAUUUUUGAUUCCAACCUCAAAAUCAAACAGUCCGGAAUGAUGAUUCAAAGACUCUUACGGAUUCCGCUCAUCGAUCGACACAUGUGUGAUAUAUUUGAACUCAUACAUCCUCAGAUGCAAAUGGUCGUUAUAAACUUAAGGAUGUUCAUCAAUGCAGUGUUUAUGCUCAAAGUGAUUCUUCCUACAAAAAAUCAAAUCACUCACCAAACGACUGAAAGAAAUGGUGAUAUGCCUUCUCUAAUACUGAAAGGUCAGAUGAUGUGGCUUGACGACAUCCAGCACAUGAUCUUCAUCAGCUCGCCCCGCCUCUCCAGUCUCACAGAGCUUAUGGAGAUGAACGUCUACCUUGCUGAUAUCCCGCUAUAUGACGUCACCAGGGAGCUCGUGCUCCUCAACCAGCAACGCAUCGCGGAGAUAGACAUAGCCAAACGUCUGGACGAGACCACAAUGGAGCUACGGAAAACUUCCAAGGCUCUUGAAGAGGAGAAGAAGAAAACCGAGAGUCUAUUGUAUCAGAUGCUUCCGGAGAGGGUUGCGGUAGAACUGAAAAAUGGACGGCCAGUACCUGCUGAAAAGUUUGAGCAGGUGACAGUGUUGUUUUCCGACAUCGUGACGUUCACCAAUAUUGCUUCAGCCUGCCCGGCCAUCGAUAUCGUUAAUAUGCUCAACGAUCUCUACAACAGGUUCGACGCCUGCACCACCGUACAUGGAGUUUACAAGGUGGAAACCAUCGGUGACGCGUACAUGAUCGUCAGUGGGGUCCCGGUAAAGACCACAGCGCAUGCACAACUAGUCGCAAACUUCGCCUUGGACAUGGUGGCUGAGGCAUCGAACGUUAACUCGCCAGCGACUGGAAAACCUCUGCAGAUCCGGGUGGGUAUUCAUAGCGGUCCUGUUGUAGCAGGGGUGGUCGGCAAUAAGAUGCCUCGCUACUGUCUGUUUGGUGACACUGUAAACACGGCCUCCAGGAUGGAGAGUCAUGGAUCCGCCGGUCGCAUUCACUGCAGCCCAAACAGUCAUAGGUUUAUACAAACAAAGGACUAUGAGUUCCGAUGUCGAGGGGAAGUUGAUGUGAAAGGGAAAGGGAGAAUGAUGACGUUCUUCCUCCUAGGGACCAAAGACAAGCGGCUCACGGAACCACUCGAUGAGCACCUUGAUCUACCGAUUGAGGGUGCGAACGAGACCGAUGCAGUGAAGGUGACAAAUCACAGGACAUCAAGUGACGUCAGUGGCUCACUUGGAAAAGGCGUCAGUAGCACGUGCAAUAUAAUCUGA